GUCAAUAGCUUUCACUAAGCUGUGCUGAAGAAUUGGCUGCUCUACCUAGCUAGAUCGGUGUCACCGUCCUCUCGCUUCAUUUCAUGAUAAAAAUGGAGAUCAAUGGAUGCAACAUCCAGGUCCUGUUACAAGCUGCCGAAUAUCUGGAAAGAAGAGAAAGAGAAGCGGAACAUGGCUAUGCAUCUGUACCCCCUUUCUACAGUAAAGGGGCUUCCGAUAAAAAGAGCAAACAAAAAAACAAGAAGAGUGAUGCGGACAGCACAAGGUCUGUGCACAAUGAACUGGAGAAGCACAGGCGGGCGCAGCUGAGGCAGUGUCUGGAGCAGCUGAAGCAGCAAGUGCCUCUCUCCUCGGACUCGGUCAGGAACACCACGCUCAACCUGCUGAGACGAGCUCGUCUGCACAUCAAGAAACUGCAGGAGCAGGACGAGCGGGCAGAGCGGCUGAAGGACAGGCUGCGCUGGGAGCAGAGGGGGUUGCGCGUGAGGCUGGAACAGCUGCAGGGCUCAGAGAGGACCCGGAACGACAGCCUGGGAUCAGCCGUGUCGUCAGAAAGAUCCGACUCUGACCGAGAGGACAUGGAGGUGGACGUGGAGAGCACGGUGUUUGUGUGUCUGGAGUCCGACGGUCUGGGGGCCACACAGACGGAGGGGGACCACAGCUACUCCACCCCCGGCCAUGCCUGGCUAUGACAUCAGAGCGCCUGCCUCGUCGAGCACUUCGACUGAAAACAUUCCCAAAAAAGAAAAAGGAAAAAAAAAGACAAAAAUGAAAGAAAAAAGAACGAAAAAAAUGAAACUAUUGAGUGGCGUGGCGGUGGAUGAGAGAAGACAAAUAAAAACAAAGAAAGUUGCGGCUGGGGUCUUCCUGAAGUACCCCCCGUGUACGGCAGAGCGGCUACAACGCGCGUGCCCGUGUGUUACGCAGCGCAACAGCGAUUUAAGAACCAACCCUGGCCCGCGUUUUCGGUUGAGUCCAGUAACCCGACAGGCCUGGGACGAUCGAUGCCUCGGGGCACCCUGCGAAACAAGAUGGGGGAAUUCCCCAGUUUCACACCCACUCAGGGAGGGGCCAGGCCAACAGUUUCACGAAAGUGCCAGAAGAUCGCCUUAGUCAGUGUACAAUCUGACCACCUGACGGCAUGCAUCCCACAGCUCCUGGGUUGUAGGAAACAGGGUCUUGGUGGCUGCACACAUAGCUCUAAACAGGUUUUUCUUUGUCUUUACUGAGCCAGAGGACAUCCUUCCACAGAACAGCAAUGUGUGCAAAACCGUUUGGCUUGUAGAGGGUAAGUGCCUCUAUCUCACUGUGAAACAGGAAGUUUAGAGAGAUUCUGGUUUUCACUGGCACUUAUAGACUACAAGACUGUAAUAAUACUAAUACUUAUUAUCAUUAUUAUUAUCUGAGGGAAUACACAAGGCUAGCAAACUGCCAGGUUAUAUUGUGAGUUGAUUAACUGGUUGGUACAAGCAGUGUGGUUGGAGGGGGAGCUCGCUUCACAAGCUGUUCACAAGCUUUUCUUUUUCAAAAGAAGAGAUUGAGGUGGCGCAGAAGAGACAAUAACUAGAUUUUAAAGAAAUUAAUUAAUAAACAAAUAAAAACCCAUGAGUUGAGAGCUGAUGUCUGCACGCAGCGCUGUACCAAUGCAAUGCUUACUGAUCCAAAUACCACAAGGCUCAGCUCAGGUGAUAAGAACAGACUCUCUAUUGCGACUGUUUCUUGAUGGGUUACUGAAACCAAAAUCACAGGAAGUAUUCAUCUCCUCGGUCUGAAUUGUUUUGUCUGCUCGUAUAAUACCUGAGAGAGGGAGGACGUCAAAAUGUGGAAGCUUUCAAACUGGGCUUCCAGAGCAUGGCAUUUGGUUUAGGGUUAGGUUAGGUUAGGACUAUUGUAGCCAUGCACUUCCACAUUCCGGUUAACCGCCAAAAUAAAAGACUGCAGUUGUGGGUAGGAGAGUCUGCCUCUCUGCCUAGUGGCAAUAUGUAUUUUAAUAUCCAUCUCUACAGGGAUCCGUUGAGCCUUGCUAUGGUCCAAUUUGAGCUGGACCACAAGUUCUGCUCCAUUUUUUGGAUCACACCCUUUGUUUCCACGGCGACCUUCAGUUGUCCUUUGCACUUCUACCUGUGUUUCAUAAAGCUAUCCAGCAUAUUACCUGGAUUAAUAUCAUAUCUGUCUUAUUUAAGCUGAUUUUUAUGUUUCUGUUUGUGUUCAUUUUGCCAUUUAAUAUCUUCUUUGAUCUUUUUUUUCUUCUUUUUUUUUUUCUUCUUUUGCACAACAUAUCGAUGCACUUGUACCGACUUGGUUUUGUGUCACUUUCAGCUAUGCUAUUGCUAUACUGUAUAAGCAAUGUUUUCUUCUGUCUUUUGUAAGAUGCAUGAAUGGGUUGAAAAGCAUAGCCUAUCGAUUUGCCAAGUAAGCUAGAGUGGUCGUCAGUAGGCAAGAAAUUUGUUACUAGGAAGGUCUGAUGGAAUAUUUUGAGCUAACCUGUAAAGUCCAUUCUGACCUCCAGAGACUGCAAAAUAGGAGCAAUUUCAACGGAACUGCAGUGGUGCUAUCCUCAGGGUUAAAUAUCUCCUGUAAGUGUUGCUUUUUCUUCAUGAAUGCAUUGAGCAUUCUUUGACUGCUGAGCUCCUGUUGUUUGCCUACUGAAAAAAAAAACAACAGCCUACUUCAAAUUUUGUGGUGAAAUCCAAGGACAAAGCACUUAGUAAAGUGCCAUAAUGUUGGUACAAGAAACCAUUAACAUUAAUGUGAUAUAGAAAUGUCUGAAAGCAUUCAUUAUGAAUACGUAUGCAUUACUACUCUACCCUGUUAUGUGAGACUCGCUUUUUUGUGUCCCUUGUGUAAAUCUCUACGUCCAACGUUAUUCAUGUAUGUAUGCGCUUAUAUUUCCAGAUUAAUACACAUCACUGCUUGUAAGAAUUGACUUAACCCCUUAACAGACAGAUGUGACCUGCACGUUACAUCUCCCUUAACAGACGGAUGCGAUCUGCACGUUACAUCUCCCUUGACAGAUGGAUGCGACGCCAGCGUUGUAUUUGAUCAUAUGACCGUUUUUCAAGACACGUGACCAUUGAAAUGCAUUGUGAUUCCCGGGCCUUUCUAUGGGUUUUCUAUAGGGCAAUGCAAAACUAUUAACAUGAGUAUUGUUUGCGCAUAGCAUUUUUUUUUUUUUUUUGCACCAAUCAUUGGUUGUGUUACUAGUUUUGUGUGUGCUGAAAGGUUUUGAACGUGCUAAUAUUCUUUACAAAUCAGGCCCUAAGUGUAAUCCCUGUUUAAGUGAAAGGAAAUGUCUUGUUUGGCUUUAACUGUAAAAUAAGUAUGUUGUUUCAGCAUAUGAUAAAGGUAUAUCGUUAACGCAAUGGUAGAAGUUAAGGUUGGCCUUCUAUUUGAUCGGAAAGGCAAACCGAAUACAGGGCAUCUACAUAGAAAUUUUAAGGUGACAUCUUGGGCACAAAAUGAAUUUGGUAAAGUUAGGCUGUUGGAAGAUGUCGCCAAAUGUAUUGUAAAUCUGUCCCUAGACCUCUAGCACUCACCCCCACCCCCCAACUCUGAUUCAUUUGGGCUAUAGCAGGGAUAAUUAAAUUGGGAACAGUUAUGUUAUUGUGUCACUAUUCGUAACUGGUCACCAUCAGUGAUUGGUAGAUACUAUUUACUGUUAAUAUCCACUGGAAGUCAGAGAUUGUAAAAUUUUAAGACGCCUAGGGUGUCCAACAAUUCCUUAAGCUCCAUGUGCCAAGUUGGUGCUGUUAUUUUGGUUACCAACACACUCCACAUUCUUCUCAGUUUGGUAUUAGUGACAUUGUGGCUGUCCCUUCUUUCAUUUAAUGAUAGUUGGAGUACCGGUUUUCUACCAGGAAGGUGACACAGGGAAUGUUCGCCAUGGUAUACACUGACCUCUGAUUUGCAUCUCACUGCUUGGUGAAAAUAUGCAACAAAAGUGCAUUUUUGAAACCUUUAUGUUACCGUUUGUAGAUUAUGAAAGAUGUAUCUCUUAAGCAAUACUUCUCUACGGACACCACUGUUAUAAGGACAGUGCCUUCUUGUUUGGGGUCUAAAAACACCCUCUGCUUAUGAUCCAAGAUGGUGAUCAUGUUGCAACAACUCAAAAACAAUACUUGUAUAAUUUGUGUGUAACUUGUAAGUUUCCCCCAGUAAUCUGAUGUAGCAAUCUUUUAUACUAGUAUGCAUUUGUAUAAUAAAUAUUUUAUAUAUUUAA